GGCAGCUUUACAGUUGCCCGUGGACGGCCGUGCCUUCAACUAGUUUUCGCUCCUGCUCCGCUUCCGUGAAAAGAAAAAUAAAUACACAAUGCAGCGCGUUCUGAAGACCGGUGGCGCCCUGUUGCGUUCACAGAACAAGAACUUUGCCGCAGCUGUGGCCCACUACUCUGCUCUGCCCCAGCCCCAGACCACCCCGGAGGUGCUCUACACCGGACUGUUCAUCAACAAUGAGUGGCACAAGAGCAAAUCGGGCAAAACAUUUGAGACCAUUAAUCCGACCACAGAGCAGGUCAUCGCCGAAAUCCAGGGUGGCGAUAAGGAGGAUAUCGAUAUUGCCGUAAAGGCUGCCCGCUCGGCCUUCAAGCUGGGUUCCCCAUGGCGCCGAAUGGAUGCUUCGGAGCGCGGUCGUCUGCUCUACCGCUUGGCGGACCUUAUGGAGCGGGAUCAGGUCUACUUGGCUAGUUUGGAGACCCUGGACAAUGGCAAACCCUACAGCAUGUCCUACAAUGUGGAUCUGCCCACAGCCAUCAAGAAUCUGCGCUACUUUGCCGGCUGGGCCGACAAGAACCACGGCAAGACGCUCCCCAUGGACGGUGACUUCUUCGCGUACACCCGCCACGAGCCUGUGGGCGUGUGCGGUCAGAUCAUACCCUGGAACUUCCCCAUUCUGAUGAUGGCCUGGAAACUGGGACCCGCACUGGCCACCGGCAACACCAUCAUCCUGAAGCCGGCCGAGCAGACCAGUCUGACGGCCCUGUACAUUGCCCAGCUGAUAAAGGAGGCUGGCUUCCCGGAGGGUGUGGUCAAUGUGGUGCCUGGCUUCGGUGGAGCCGGCGCUGCCCUGGCCAAUCACGCCGAUGUCGAUAAGGUGGCCUUCACAGGCUCCACGGAUGUGGGCAAGCUCAUCCAGCUGGCUUCCGGCAACACGAACCUCAAGCGCGUGACUCUGGAGCUGGGCGGCAAGUCGCCCAACAUUAUUCUCUCCGACACGGACCUGGACUACGCCGUGGAGACGGCCCACUUCGGUCUGUUCUUCAACAUGGGCCAGUGCUGCUGUGCCGGCUCUCGCACCUUUGUGGAGGACAAGAUCUACGAUGAGUUCGUGGAGCGCAGUGCGGAGCGCGCCAAGAAGAGGACCGUGGGCAAUCCCUUCGAUCUGAAAACCGAGCAGGGUCCCCAGGUCAACGAGGAGCAGAUGGACAAGAUUCUCGGCAUGAUCCAGCAGGGCAAGCAGCAGGGCGCCAAGCUGGUGGCCGGCGGUAGCCGUCCCGAUGGCCUUCCCGGCUACUUUGUCCAGCCCACGGUGUUCGCCGAUGUCCAGGACAACAUGACCAUUGCCCGCGAGGAGAUCUUCGGCCCCGUGCAGCAGAUCAUACGCUUCAAGAAGCUCGACGAGGUCAUUGAGCGUGCCAACAACUCGGAGUACGGCCUGGCCGCCGCCGUCUUCACCAAGGAUCUGGACAAGGCCAACUACAUUGUGGGUGGACUGCGUGCCGGCACUGUCUGGGUGAACACCUACAAUGCCCUGGCCGCCCAGGCUCCCUUCGGCGGCUACAAGAUGUCCGGCCAUGGCCGUGAGAACGGCGAGUAUGCGCUUUCCAACUACACAGAGGUCAAGAGCGUCAUUGUGAAGGUGCCACAGAAGAACUCCUAAGAAGGGAGUCAUACUGGACAGGGGUGCAUCCCGUUUAGGUGCUCUAAAUGCCGAUUUCAACCUCUUUGGUUAGCCUUAAGCUCACAUUUACUCGAUCUACAAUUUCUAUAUUAGACAUACGAUAUGUUUCCGAUAUGGAAUAGAUUCGUAGCCAGUCGUCGUUGGCCAGUCUCUGUGUUUAUUUUCCAUUCGGUUAAAUUCUGUUUAAGUGUAAAACUAUUUUGAAAUACAAAAUUUUUAAAGAAAA